AUGGCCAUUACAGUUACUUCAAGUGCACAGCAGUACACAGUGGAACUAGAAGUAAACGUUUCUGAAGAAGCUUUGUUAGAGCUGCUCAAAUCAUACCUAAAUGCAUUCAUUAACCAAACCUCCACCAACAUAUCUGCUGUUGACAUAACCACAGUGUGUCAGUUAAAUAAAGCUGAAUACCAGUGCAAAUGUGGGGCACAGUACUUCUGGCCAUGUAACAAAUGUGUGAAAUAUGGACUCUGUGAUACCAUCACCAAUUCUACUUGUGGAUGUAUUAAUGCUGUUCCAAGUGAUGGAGAGUUCUGCCAACCACUGAAUAACUUAAGCGUCAUAAGAACAUUAUUACCUUCCUCGAAGAGUACCUUGGCACCGUGUGCCGUGGCACACUUCACGGAGAAGAGUCCUUGUGGGAAUGAAGGGAUGUACAGGGUGUUCUUAAGAGUCACUGUACAUCUGCGUCCGUUGCUGUCCAUGAGACACACCUGUGCGUCUCCUCUGCCUUCCGCUAAACCGAAUGUCCGCCUCCCGUCGGCCAGCUCCAUGCUGUGGCUCUCUGGUUUGAAUGUGCUGUCGAAGGUCUUGAACCGACUUCUGUCGUUCAACAUGUGGGAUGUCGCGCCUGUAUCGACGAUCAGUCCUUUUCCCUCGAUCUGCCGCUGCUGCGCUGGCUUGCAGGUGUCCUCGGUCUCGGCCCGGAAUGUGACGUCGUCUCCCGCGAGUCCCUGUGUGCCGAUCCGUCUUCCACUACUCGCUGCACGACCGCCGCUACCUUCAGCUGCUGCGCGAGCUUUCAGAACCCUUUCUCCCAUCAUCUCGGCUACUGGCUCUGCAUCCUCCGACGCCUCGAAGUUUCGCAGUUUAGCCUUGAACUCCGCCAGUUUCAUCUCCGCUGAACUAUGGGUUACCAUCAGCGUAAACGGUUUGUACUUUUCUGGAAGUCCCCUCAUAAUCAUUGCCAUCAUAAGGCCCUCACUUGGUGCCUCGCCUGCACCUCUGAGCGCCGUGAAGAUCUGCUCUGCCCGGAUAAUGUAUUCAGUUACAGUCUCUUUAUCCGCUUUCUUCAGCGAGGUCAAUGUAAUUCCCAAACUCACGUUGUCCAGCAAUGGUGCCAACGCGCAGUAUGCGUCAGCAUUCAGCUCAUCAUCCUGGGCUCGUUCCUCAGCGGUCAGCGGUCCAGGAGAUACCCAAAUAAAACUGUCAUUGAAAAUCAAUGAAAACUUUGACAUCACACUUACCAACCCAGCAAGCAAGAAGUACCUUCAAUAUAAAACUGAUAUUCUGAAGGCAAUUGAUGAUAGUUACAGAAUAAUGGCAGGCUACAAAAGUGACUCAGUGGUAUUCUUUAGGUUCAGACCUGGCAGUGUAAUUGCAGACUUUGGAAUUAACACAACCAAGGACGAAUUAAAUUUUACAUUGGCAAACUCACAGCUCUCUACCCAACUGACCACAAAUGGGUACCCAGUUGUCAAAGAGGCUUUUGAUCAAAGUGGUCCAGGUUCUGGCUGCAUCAAAUACAGCUAUACUGUUGAAAAGCAGGAUUGUGAUACCGGUGCCAAAAACAUGACUUUCAUAUGCCAACUUUCAGAUGUCACACUGAGGUCUUUAAGUUAUGGCUCAAAAAGCAUUACCAUAGCAACUACCAAGGAAAAAUUUACCUGCUCUAACAGCGAGUUUGGCAUUGGACGUGUAAAUGACAAAGUAUUCAAACAGUGUGAAGGAGAUGUCGUUGGAAUUCAACAGGCACAGUGUGAUUCAACAGGAGACUGGAAAAGAAUAUUUAGCAACUGCACUCUUCGGGUUAUCCAGGAUCUGGCAGACCAAGCAAAAAAUUUAGAUGUGCGUGAUAUCCCACAGUUUGCUGCUAAUCUCAGUGCUGCUGUUAUUGGGAAUGCUAGAAACAUCACUAUGGUUAAUGAGAAUCUCUUGAAAGUUGUUGAUUUGCUCAGCACAAUUGCCUCCGUUGCCAAAACACUCAUGAUCAACAAAGAAGUGAUGACAGAUUUCCUCAACACAGUGGACAUCAUUGCAUCACAAGAAGCCCAAGAAACAUGGAAAAAUUUGAACAAAGAUGGUAUUGACCAGAAUAUGUGCUCUGUAUUUCUUCAGUCUAUAGAAACUAUUGGAAGCAGUCUUUCGGAUGAGAACUGUAACAUAACAACACCAAAUAUCCAGCUCAAGAGGACGUCUUUUGAUCAUUCAUUUAAUGCACUAUUUCUUUCAAAUAUAUCUACUGAAGUAGGUAUUCCAGCAACUCCAAAUAAUAUAACACACUUAAUCACCCUCAUAGUUUUCUCAGCUCUUAAUAAUGUCUUACCUGUUCGAAAUGCCACCUACAAUGACAGCAUUCAGACUGGUACAAGCAUCAAUGGAGAUGUGAUUCUUAUCAACACCGAGCCUAAGAUCACCAACAUCUCACUUUCUUAUGGUGUUAAAAAUGAGUCACUGUCAAACCCUCAAUGUGUCUUUUGGAACUUUGAUCUUUUGAAUGGUAUUGGAGCAUGGGACUCAACUGGAUGUGAACUAAAGCCUAUAAAAAAUCAAACUGAAUAUACAUGUGAGUGCAAUCACACAACCUCUUUUUCAAUCCUGAUGUCUCCCUUUUUCCCAGAUAAUGAUGCUUUAGCUAUUAUAUCUUAUAUUGGCGUUGGCAUAUCAAUCAUCAGUUUGAUUUUGUGCCUCAUUAUCGAAUCCAUAAUCUGGAAAUCAGUUACAAGGAAUGACAUGUCUUACAUGCGCCACAUCUCCAUAGUCAACAUUGCCCUGUCUCUUCUGAUCGCGGAUAUAUGUUUCAUUAUUGGAGCAUCUCUUGUUAAAAAAGGAGAGAAAACGCCAGUGGGUCCCUGCAGUGCUGUGACAUUCUUCAUCCACUUUUUCUAUCUGGCUCUUUUCUUCUGGAUGUUGCUGUCUGCUCUUUUGCUUCUCCACCACAUCAUUAUGGUCUUUUCUAGAAUGUCCAAAGCAAGGAUGAUGGCCAUAGCCUUCACUGUCGGCUAUGGUGCCCCAUUAAUCAUUGCUGUUAUUACAGUGGCAUCGACUGCAGGAUAUGAAGGAUACAUACAUGAGAGAAAUAGUUGUUGGCUUAACUGGGACAAAACUAAAGCUCUCCUGGCUUUUGUGGUUCCUGCUCUUACUAUUGUAGUUAUAAACCUUGUGGUACUUCUUGUGGUUUUAAAUAAAAUAAUGAGAAGAGGAAUUGGGGCCACCACUCUGCCCAGUGAAAAACAUAUCAUAGUGGUUCUUGCCAGAUGUGUGGCCAUUUUAACACCUCUCUUCGGACUGACCUGGGGAUUCGGCAUUGGGACCAUGGUGUCAUCAGAUUUUGGGAUUCAUGUAGUGUUUGCAUUUCUGAAUUCACUACAGGGUUUCUUUGUUUUAGUAUUUGGAACUCUAAUGGACCAUAAGAUUUAUGAGGCACUUGCAGGAAAGCUAAGGCUGAGGAGCAUUAGCUCUAACUUUACUGAGGUAAAAACUGACAUCAUUCCUUUUUAUCUAUGUGUGCUUUAA